CAAUCGGAUACUUAGGUAAUCAAAUAAGGAUUUUUUAUUAAUUGAUGACACAAAUAAAUUGGUUCCCAUAGUUUGGACAGUUUAAUAUAAUUUAAUUUCAUGCCACGUCAGCAAGUUCUAAGUGACUGCGUAUCAUCUGUACUUGUGCCAGAGUAUAAAAGUGUCUCUUUCCUGUAAUUCCUUUUUUCAAAUUAUAAAAGCGAACGCGCGCUUCCUUCGCCGUUCCCCCUUCUCUCUCUCUCUCUCUCUCUCUCUCUCUCUCUCUCUCUCUUGCAAGCUCCGUUCUCUUCCUAACUUCCUCUGAUCAUCGUCUCCGGCCAAACCAUCGAAUUUCCGCCGGAAUCUGACGCCAUUCUCGCCCUAUAAAUACGGAAAACCUCUUUCAAUCUUUCUACUUCUCCUUUCCUUCUUGUUCUCUCUUUGUAAGAGAGAGAGAGAAUGGAGAAUUUGAUAUCUCUGGUGAAUAACUUGCAGCGGGCCUGCACUGCCCUAGGCGACUACGGGGAAGAAAGUGCUUUGCCGACCCUCUGGGAUUCGUUGCCAGCAAUCGCCGUUGUCGGAGGACAGAGCUCCGGGAAGUCUUCGGUGUUGGAAAGCAUUGUCGGAAAGGACUUCUUGCCACGUGGAUCUGGAAUUGUUACUCGACGUCCACUUGUCCUGCAGCUUCAUAAGAUUGAUGAAGGAAAAGAGUAUGCGGAGUUUCUUCACCUCCCAAGAAAGAAGUUCACUGAUUUUGCUCUGGUGAGGAAAGAGAUUUCAGAUGAGACUGAUCGAGAGACAGGACGCACCAAACAAGUGUCCACUGUCCCAAUUCAUCUCAGCAUUUAUUCUCCAAAUGUUGUAAACUUAACAAUGAUUGAUCUUCCUGGACUAACAAAAGUAGCUAUUGAUGGCCAAUCUGAAAGCAUUGUUCAAGACAUUGAGAUCAUGGUUCGCUCCUUUAUCGAAAAGCCCAAUUGUAUAAUUCUUGCAAUUUCACCUGCCAAUCAAGAUCUUGCUACCUCUGAUGCAAUUAAGAUCUCUAGAGAAGUAGAUCCUAAAGGUGAGAGGACAUUUGGGGUGUUGACAAAGAUUGAUCUCAUGGAUAAGGGAACUGAUGCAGUUGAGAUAUUGGAAGGAAAAUCAUAUCGUCUACAGUUUCCAUGGAUUGGUGUUGUUAAUCGUUCUCAAGCUGAUAUUAACAAGAGUGUUGACAUGAUUGCUGCUCGACGUAGAGAGAGAGAGUAUUUCCAAACUAGCCCAGAGUACAAGCAUCUUGCUAGUAGGAUGGGUUCUGAGCAUCUGGGGAAGAUGCUUUCGAAGCAUUUGGAGACUGUAAUCAAAUCCCGUAUCCCAGGCAUCCAGUCUCUCAUCAAUAAAAGUAUAGUUGAACUUGAAGGAGAACUGAGCCGUCUUGGGAAGGCUAUUGCUCCAGAUGCCGGAGGAAAACUAUACAUGAUUAUGGAGAUCUGUCGUGUUUUUGAUCAAAUAUACAAAGAACAUCUUGAUGGAGUGCGCCCUGGUGGUGAUAAGAUAUACAAUGUCUUCGACAAUCAACUUCCUGCAGCUCUAAAAAGGUUGCAAUUCGACAAGCACCUCGCUAUCGAGAAUGUCAGAAAGCAAAUUACUGAAGCCGAUGGCUACCAACCUCAUCUGAUUGCCCCUGAACAAGGAUAUCGCCGUCUCAUUGAAUGUUCUCUAAUUACGAUUAGAGGCCCUGCUGAGGGAGCCGUUGAUGCGGUCCAUUCGAUACUGAAGGAACUGGUUCACAAGGCUAUCAAUGAAACUGCUGAACUGAAGCAAUAUCCCAGUUUGAGAGUGGAGGUUGGAAAUGCAGCUGUUGAAUCAUUGGAGAGAAUGAGGGAAGAAAGCAAGAAAGCAACUCUUAAACUAGUUGAUAUGGAGUCCAGUUAUCUGACUGUCGAUUUCUUCAGGAAGCUACCACAAGAUAUUGAGAAGGGGGGAAAUCCAACACACUCGAUUUUCGACAGAUAUAAUGAUGCAUAUCUGAGGCGAAUAGGAUCGACGGUUUUGCAGUAUGUCACCAUGGUCAGUGCAUCACUGCGUAACUCCAUUCCGAAGUCGGUUGUCUACUGUCAAGUGCGCGAGGCUAAACGCACCCUGCUCGACCAUUUCUUCACUGAGUUGGGUAAAAGAGACCAGAAGCAGUUGUCAUCGUUGCUGGAUGAGGAUCCGGCAGUCAUGGAGCGGAGGUCUGCUAUUGCGAAGAGGCUAGAGCUGUACAGAAGUGCCCAAGCAGAGAUCGAAGCCGUUGCAUGGGCUAAGUAGAGAGAGAGAGAGAGAGAGAGAGAGAGAGAGAGAGAGAGAGAGAGAGAGAGAGUUUUGUUUUUUGAUUAUUUUAAUUCAUGGAUGAAUAAGAUUCUUUACUUCCCUUUUGCAGAUCUGUUUAUCUGUGAAUUAAUAUUAAUUGUUUUAUUUCGCAUUA